AUGUGGUCAAAAGUAAGAAAGUUUGGUUUGGAGCAUUGUGAUCUACCAACUAUGGUGGAGAACUCAUCGGUUUUGCUUCGUGUUCUAUCGUUGAACUUGAAUCCGUUGCAAGAGAAAAAGAUACCACUGAUAUUCUACGUCUUCACUGUCAUAGUAUUCUCUUCUUACAUCUACGUUUACGUGUUCUCCAUGAGUUGGUUUGUCUUCUGGAAGAGCCAGGAAACCGGUGACGUCAUCAGUGCUAUGGUAAUCUUCUCCCUCGGGGUGUCUAGUGAAAUCAGCACCAUCAAGUUUCUUUACAUGUUUGUAAAUCAAAAUUCCUUGCGAAGUUUGAUUGGGAAGUAUUUAUCGUACGAUUCAAAAUCUAUACCCAAUAGCAAGACAGCAAAGAAAGUUCGAGCGGUUUUAAGAGGGACAAAAAAGACUGCUAUGACUUUUUGGCUCAUAGUCAUGGGAAAUGGCCUUGUAUAUUGCAUCAAACCACUACUGUUGCCUGGGAGGCACCUGAUGGAAGAUAUUGCUUUUCUUUUUGGUUUGGAUCCACUUUUUGAAUCACCUUAUUAUGAAAUCGGUUAUAUUCUCUCACUUAAUGCCUGCAUAUUUACCGUCUACGCAACCGCCAAUAUAUCAGCUUUCUUUGUCAUAGUCACUGGGUACAUUGAGGCGCAGAUGCUAAGUCUUAGCGAAGCAGUAGUUAACGUUUGGGAAGAUGCUCAAGAUUUUUACUAUCAAAAUAACAAUGUCUCAGAAAACGUUUUCUCAAACCAAACAGAAACUAAAAUAACAGAUAAAGACAUUAUACUAAAUGAAUAUGUAAGGGGACAACUGUUUGUAAUUAUCAAUAACCAUACAACUAACAUUAACUUACUAUACAAAAUCGAAGAAGUGUUUAAUAGUUCUUUGGCCAUAGAAUUUGGAUUAUUGAUGAUAUCUCUAAUAGCGGAAUUUCUGGGUGGAAUAGAAAAUACAUACAUACUUAUGCCUUUCGCUUUAGUGCAAGUAACAAUGGACUGUAUUGCAGGGCAGAAACUUUUAGAUUCAAGUAACGUGUUUCGGAGGGCUGUGUAUGAGAGCAAGUGGGAGAACUUCGAUGUGAAGAACAUGAAGACAGUAUUGAUGAUGUUAACGAAUUCUCAGAAGGACAUGACACUUACCGUGGGAGGGUUGAGAACGCUCAGCUUCUUGUGCCUAUUAGAUGUUUUCAGAAUGAUUUAUUCUACUUACACAGCCUUAAGGUCUAUGUUCAAUAGAUGA